GGGCUCUGCUAGACACAAGUCACCUCCUGAUUAUUGCACUUUGCUCUCCCUGGGGACUUAAAUUUUGGAAGUGUUCCUUUUCACAUGAGAUCCUCCAAGAUGAUGAACGCCAAUCCGGAGGAAGACCCUUUGGACACGUUUCUCCAGUACAUCGAGGACAUGGGAAUGAAGGCCUACGACGGCCUGGUAAUCCAGAACGCCUCGGACAUCGCUCGCGAGAACGAUCGCUUAAGGAAUGAAACCAACCUGGCCUACUUGAAGGAGAAGAACGAAAAACGCCGAAGGCAAGAAGAAGCAAUAAAACGCAUAGAUGGAGAAGGAGGGCGAGGCCACGAAGCAAGUUACGUGGGCAAACAUUUCCGCAUGGGAUUCAUGACGAUGCCUGCACCUCAGGACCGACUUCCCCAUCCUUGCUCCAGUGGCUUUUCCGUGAGGUCACAGUCCCUGCACUCGGUUGGGGGCACAGAUGAUGACCGCAGCUGUGGCAUCCGGAAACAACCACCCCCCAAGCCCAAGCGGGACCCCAGUACCAAGCUGAGCACGUCGUCGGAGACGGUCAACAGCACAGCUGCCAGCAAGGGUGGCAAAGCCCCUGAGCGCACGGAAGUUGCUGCCAAACCAAGACCCAACAGUGACGAAUAUUCAAAGAAGAUCCCUCCUCCCAAACCCAAACGGAACCCCAACACUCAGCUCAGCACGUCUUUCGACGAAACGUACAUGAAGAAGCACGCGCCCAGGAGGACCUCGCUCACGCGCGACCCCUCCCUCUCCCGGGUCAGCAGCCCCGCGGGGGACCCCGAGGAGGAGGAGCCCGUGUACAUCGAGAUGGUGGGGAACAUCCUCCGAGACUUCCGGCGGGAGGACGACGACCAGAGUGAGGCCGUCUACGAGGAAAUGAAAUACCCCAUUUUUGACGACUUGGGCCAAGACUCCAAGUGCGACCUUGACCAUCACAGCUGUUCUUCGCAGUGUGCUACUCCCACGGUGCCUGACUUGGACUUCGCCAAGUCCUCAGUGCCCUGUACCCCGAAGGGUUUGCUCUGUGACAUCCCCCCGCCCUUCCCUAACCUGCUUUCGCACAGGCCCCCGCUGCUGGUGUUCCCGCCUGCCCCCGCGCAGUGCUCCCCCAAUUCCGACGAGUCCCCGCUCACCCCGUUGGAGGUCACCAAGCUUCCCGUGCUGGAGAACGUGUCCUACCUGAAACAGGCCGGGGCGUCUCCCUCCUCGCUGCCCCCGCACGCCUCAAGCCACCCUAAACUGGACAAGGACCAGAGCGGGGCCCUGGGGCCCGGGGCCACUGCGUCCGUGCUCUCCUCGUCCCCUCCCCCGCCGUCCACUUUGUACCGGACGCAGUCCCCGCACGGCUACCCGAAGAGCCACUCGGCCUCCCCGUCCCCUGUUAGCAUGGGGAGGUCCCUCACCCCGCUCAGCCUCAAAAGGCCUCCCCCCUACGACGCCGUGCAUUCUGGCAGCCUCUCAAGGAGCUCUCCGUCGGUGCCUCAUGCGACCACCAGGCCCGUGUCGCAGGACGGGAGCAAGAUGGUCAACGCCUCGGUCAACACCUACGGGGCGGCCCCCAGCAGCGGCUCCCGGUCCAGGACGCCCACGAGUCCUUUGGAGGAACUAACCAGCCUCUUUACCUCGGGACGCAGCCUGCUGAGGAAGUCAUCCAGCGGCCGCAGGUCUAAGGAACCCGCAGACAAAUCCACAGAAGAGCUGAAAGUGCGGAGCCACAGCACAGAGCCGUUACCAAAGCCCGACAGCAAGGACAAAGGACACCACGGGGCGUCUUCCCGAGAGCCUGUCAAAGCUCAGGAGUGGGACGGGACACCAGGGCCGCCUGUGGUCACCAGCAGACUGGGAAGGUGCUCUGUGAGCCCCACCUUGUUAGCAGGAAACCACAGCUCAGAGCCGAAAGUAAGCUGCAAGCUGGGCCGGUCUGCGUCCACAUCAGGCGUGCCCCCUCCGUCCGUUAGCCCUCUCAGGCAAGCCAGUGACCUGCAACAGAGCCAGGUGGCAUGCAUGCAGUGGUUUCAAGGAGACCAUACAAUGCUUGAGAUGAUUGAGAAAAAGCGUUGCUUGUGCAAAGAGAUAAAGGCUAGACAGAAAACGGAAAAGGGCCUUUGCAAACAGGAGAGCAUGCCUAUCCUCCCCAGCUGGAAGAAGAGUGCAGGUGCAAAGAAGUACAGCCCGCCGCCCUAUUCUAAACAGCAAACGGUGUUCUGGGACACGGCCAUAUGACUGUGCACAGGACGGCGUGAGUUCCACGUGACUUACUGUGAAGAGACAGGUCGGCUCAGACGUGUGCUGAGGAACUGUCACAGGUCUCCUUUGUUGGAAUGGAAUGCCAGCACUUCCCUGGAAAACCCACGGGGAGCUGUGCCUACUCAUGGCAAGUUCAAGAUCAAAUGUCUAUUUCCUUGCAAUUAAGGCACACUUAUUUAUCACGGAUUAUUUUGAAUCCAGAAAAGAUUAAGAUGUACAUAUUUUACUAGUUUAUGGGUGACACCUGAAAUAAUACACAUUAUACGUAUAUAAACGACAGAAAUAUCAAGAGUUUUACUAUAUGAUAUAAUUUCGGUAUUAACUGGUUUGUUAUCUCUUUUAUAUAUGUAAUCCCUUGAUGCCUUUUGUUAUUAAUUUUUGCAGUUAGAAUA